AUGGAUCCCAGCGACAAGGAAGAGGCGGACAGGAUCCGGGCCAAACGUCUGGCCAAACUCGGCGGCACCCCCUCAGCGCAACCCAGCCCUUCCACUACUGCUGCAUCACAGACAGAUGGCACCGCCGGAUCGUUACCACCACCUUCCUCCGCCGCUCCGAUUUCGCAGUCAAAUCCUCAGGCUACCACCGAGAAGAAGCCCGUCAAGAUCAAUGUCAGCAAGCCACGACCCAGCUCUCCAUCAAAGAGAGAUCGCGAUGGCUCCGAGAAGCCACGAGACAAUGGUACUACUCGUCCGCGCGCGAACAAGCCGGAGCGGGCGGCGGAGAGUGUGGAGGUCUGGCAGGAUAGAAUCCUGAAGCAAGCCAUGCGGGUGACUCUUAGCCCGGAGGAGGUCGUCGACUCGAAUGGUAAUAAGCUCGCAUUCUUGGCUAGCACGAGGCAGGACUUGGAGGAUCAGAAUGCGCCCAUCCUCCUCAACGUGGAGGUGUUGGAGAGUGCCAUUACAGAGGCUGCAGCACAGGCGGAAGACAAGAACAUCUUCAAAUACCUCCUCACAUGCUUCAAGAGAGUAUCACGGACCAUUCGAUCGACAAGAUACACCGACGAAAACGAUCCAAGGCACGACAUCUUAAAGGAAGCUCGGAGACUUUGCAUGAGCUACUGUGUAUUCGCCAUCACCAUGCCGGAGAUGUUCGGGGAGGAUGUCGCAACCUCGAAUGGUCUUGCCGAUCAUUUACUUGCCGAGCCGGAGUCGGAUUAUGGAAUCUGUGCGGACUUUUUAACCCAGGCAAGCAUUCUCAUCGAAGAGGACGACAGUAUCAAGGAUGCCUUGACAGGAGCCGUGGAACAGCUCAGCACACAGCUGGCGGAUAUUGACAUGUUGCAAGGCUAUGAGCCAUACGUGCGCGCGCUGCGAAACAUCUUCCAAUACCCCAAGCUCAUCGAUGCCAUUUCACAAUCCUCAAUGUGGGCACCCUCCGAUGUACAAGCGCAGGACAUUGAGAAGAAGACUAUCCUCGGACCAUUCUUCCGCAUCUCUCCCAUGCAACAAGAACCAGCAAACAGCUACUUUCCUGCUCCGAAAUCACAAAGCCGAGGGGACAUUGCGAGCGCCCAGAAUGCCGUGCGAAUGAGUUUGCGAAACCAUCAGGACAACUUGUUCGUGCUCACCAAUGCGGUUGUAAAGAGCGGCCCUGCCCCACGUGAGCGCAUCCUCGACUGGUUUGCAAUGUGCGUCAACAAGAAUCACAAGAAGCGUGCGAUGCGCGUAGACCCCAGAACCGUCUCGAGUGACGGUUUCAUGGUGAACGUCACCAACGCUCUUGACCGCUUGAGUGAACCAUUCAUGGACGCAACCUUCUCCAAGAUUGAGAAGAUUGAUGUCGACUAUCUUCGCCGUAACCCUCGUGUGGACAUUUCCGAGGAGACGAAGAUGAAUGUGGACCAGAAGUCGUCGGACGAGUUCUACUCCAACAAUGCAGAUGGCAAGAACAACUUCAUCUCGGAGGUGUUCUUCUUGACAGUCGCGGCUCAUCACUAUGGUACCGAAGCCGCGCAAAGCCGAGCCGAUCUCAUGAAGAAGAGCGUCAAGAGGUCUGAGGAAGAUGUUAAGAGUUUCGAGGCGGAGCGACACAAGUACAUCAAUGAUCCGCGUUACCUGCAGCGCUACGAAGAGCAUUUGGAGAAGAUGAAGAAGAUGAUUGACAACACAUGGAGUACAAUUCACGCGACGAAUGGCGUUCUUCAAGACGAGCAAACACAAAGUCGCUCCAUGCAAUUCAUGCGAUAUGUGAUUGUAUGGUUACUUCGCCUGGCAUCCGGACAGAAUCUGCCCAAGAACAGCAUCCAGCUUCCCUUACCGGAGGAGCAACCUCUUGUUUUCAAAUGCUUGCCGGAGUACUUUCUCGAGGACGUUGUUGAUAAUUUCAAGUACAUUUUCAACAACGUCCCAAUGAUUGUCACACCACAGCAGAGCUCUGAGGUGGUGGAAGUGUGUGUGACGUUUUUACAAAGCAGCGACUAUGUCAAGAACCCCAGCAUCAAGUCUGGUUUGGUAACCAUUCUCUACUACGGCAUCAUGCCAUAUACUUCAAACCGGAAGUUGGGAGUUCUUGGCGAUGCCCUCAUCGGAUCAUCCUUUGCCAACAAACACCUUCUCCACGCGCUCAUGCGGUACUACAUCGAGGCCGAGAAUACCGGCACGCACACUCAGUUCUUCGACAAGUUCAACAUUCGUUAUGAGAUUUUCCAAGUCAUUAAGCGGAUUUGGGUCAACACUGUCUACCGUGAGAACUUGGCCAAGGAAGCCAAGGUCAACACCGAGUUCUUCGUGCAAUUUGUCAACAUGAUCACCAACGAUGCCACUUUCGUCCUGGACGAGAGCCUUACGAGUCUACAGAAGAUCCACGAAUUGAGCAAGGAGUUGAAUGAUUCUGCACAUAUGCAGGGGCUUUCCGAAGACCAGCGGAAGGAGAAGCAAGAGCUGUUGGAUGAUAGCAAGAGCAAAGCGAAGAGCUACAUGGGUCUCACACGGGAGACCAUGGAGACUUUGAUUCUCUUCACCGAAGCUUUGGCGUCGUCCUUUGCGAUGAAAGAGAUUGUCACCCGACUUGCUGACAUGUUGGAUAUGAAUCUCGCCCUUAUGGUCGGCCCGAAGAGUAGCAACUUGAAAGUCGACGAACCGGACAAGUACGACUUCCACCCCAAAGCACUCCUGUCGGAUAUUGUCAAAGUCUACACCAACCUCUCGAAACAGCAAAACUUCAUCACCGCCAUUGCUCGAGAUGAGCGGUCUUACAUUCCCAGCAACUUCGACCGCGCAAUGAACAUUAUGAAGGAUAAGGCGUUGAAGUCCCCAGAUGAGCUGAAGUUGUGGGAGCAACUCUGCAAGGACGUCGCCGAAGCCAAGGCGCAGGAUGAGCAGGAAGAAGAAGACCUCGGCGAGAUUCCUGACGAAUUCUUGGAUCCUCUGAUGGCAACCCUCAUGACCGAUCCGGUUAUUCUUCCUAUGAGCAAGAAUACGAUUGAUCGAGCGACCAUCCAGAGUCAUCUCUUGAGCACUCCGAUGGAUCCUUUCAAUCGGUCGCCGCUGAAGAUUGGCGAUGUCAUUCCGGAUGUGGAGUUGAAGGCCAAGAUUGAUGCGUGGAAGGCGGAGAAGAAGGCGGAGAGGCAGAGAGAGAGGAUGGAUGUUAGCGAGGGUUGA